AUGGCGAUCAUACCGCUGUCGCCGCGGUUUCCGCUCCUUUUCCUCCUGCACGCGCUGCUGCUGCUGCUCUCGUCGGCGCACCUCCCCCUCCGCGCGCGCGCGCAGCAAUGCUCCGCCACGGCUAGCUGCGCCAACAACCUCUGCUGCAGCAAGUGGGGCUGGUGCGGCUCCACCGUGGAUUACUGCGGCUCCGGCUGCCUAUCCGGCCCAUGCGCGGGUAACCCCUCCUCCCCGCCUCCCCCUGCGUCCGGUUCCUCUCCGCCCGUGUCCUCUAACUCGCAGUGCGGGGCAGCGAACGGAAACACCAUCUGCCCGAACGGGUUCUGCUGCAGCAAGUGGGGCUGGUGUGGCUCCUCCCCCUCCCACUGCGGCGCUGGCUGCCAGUCCCAGUGCUCCGGUUCCGCCUCCUCUCCCCCUCCGCCCCCCCAGAAAUCUCCUUCCCCCUCCCCUCCUCCCCCGUCCACCUCCCCUUCUCCGCCGCCCCCCUCUACUGGGAUGAAGCGCAUGGCGUAUUUUGUCAACUGGGCGGGCAUGGAUCCAUCCGUCGUCCCUGCUGCCAAGCUGACCCAUGUCUUCUACGCAUUUGCUUCCAUCGACCCCACCACAUUCAAGGUCGUCCCCUCCAACCCAGCAGUGGACGUCACCCAGGGUCUCUACCUGCGCUUCAACUCCGCUCUAAAGGCCGCCAACCCCGCCAUCAAAACCCUCCUCUCCAUCGGCGGAUAUAACGCCGGUACCACCGCUUUCACCAACGCCGCCUCCUCCCCCGUCUCCCGCUCCGCCUUUAUUCAAUCAGCGAUCGCCCUCGCCUGCAAGUACAAUUUCGACGGUCUGGAUAUCGACUGGGAGUACCCAACAGGCAACGCCGCCCUCUUCUCCGCCCUGCUCACGGAUUUCCGGGCGGCCAUCGAAUCCGAAGCCGCCGCCUCCCGAAAAUCCAAGCUCCUUCUUCCUGCAGCGGUCUCUGCCUAUGAGCCUACAAUCACCCUGGCCUAUGACGUCCCAACGCUUAACAAAGCACUGGACCUUGUUAAUAUUAUGACUUACGAUCUGCAUGGGUCGUGGGAGGCAAAGACAGGCAUGCACACUGCUCUGGAGGAUCUGAGCAACCCGCAGCUGAGUCUCAAGGGCUGGGUCUAUCAGUCAGGAAGCGGGUGUCCUUAUGUACAUCAGCUGGUAACCACUGGAGGUUACACAGCCACGUUCCACACCCCAUCGUCAUGCAUGUAUGCGGUAAAGGGUAACCAGUGGGUUGGUUACGACAACCCUUCCACCAUCACCACCAAGGUCCAAUUUGACAAGGCGCAAGGCUAUGGAGGGUGGUUCUUCUGGGCCCUCAGCCAGGAUGCCAACAAUGCUCUGCUCAACGCUGCUGCAGCCGCUGCAUGA